GACGGUCACACUGCUGGUCUCCCCCAACCCCCAACCUCCUUGCAAGGACAACACAAUUAGACGGCGGACACAUACAGUUUUUUUUUCCCUCGUUCCGUGCCCGCCAGUUAAGUAGCCUCCAGCCCAGUAGUGACUGAUAGCAGGAUGCUCCGGCGACGACUUGCAGUUUAAAAUGUGUGGCUGAUUUACACUUCCAGCCAAAGAUGAACAAUUUGGAGCACGUCAAGCACUUUUACCCCGAAAACUACAAGUUGGAUCUGUCCGAGACGAUGAAGGCAGCUCUGUCCAAGGGUCCCGGUGGCGGAGGCGGAAUGCCAGGCGGAGAUAUGCUUCCACAGCCAAAUGCCGGGGUGCCGGGGGUAGGCUAUGUCACGGAGAAGCUCUACAUGCUGCUGCAGCUAUAUCUGCAAAACAAGGGCUGGAAUCCGAGUGCGGAACUGCUGCAGUGCUUCAGCGAUCUCAAGGAUAAUGCCAUGUUGCCCAGCGCCGCUUACUUGCAAGUCCUAGCUAACCGUCUUACCCUAGACUCCCAGGGACGCCUUAUCCUGCGGGAUAAUGGCAAGAUAGUCUUACCCUUUGAGCACUUUGCGAAUGCCGUGAUGCUGAAGCACAUGUCCGGUCCACAUGGUCUUCACCUGAGUGUAGAUGCCACGGUGAGGGCUGUCAUCGAGUCGUACACCAUCGGACGGGAUCAGUUCGGAAUGGAGAAGGAGUUCAUCAUCGAGGUGGUGCAGUCGUGCCCGAGUCCCGCUUGCCGUUACUACAAAAACCAUAUGGGCAUCUCACCCAUGCCGUUUAUGGAACAGCAGUAUCCUGGAGUAAACACGCCGGAGUUUCUGCAGCGUCUAUCCCACCUGCCUCCAAGCGGAGCUCCUGGAGGCAGCUCUGCCGCUGGUUCGGCAUCCAGUGUAGGGAGUAGCGCCAGUUCAGGCAACGUAGAGAUAGAUCUAUCCAAGUCGACAGGUGGAAAGGUUCCUCAGGUGCCGGUGCCACCGCAGCUUCAGCAUCUGACCAAGCAGCAGCAGAACAGCAUUCAGACGCAGCUAUCGCAGAUUAGUGCUGCUGCAGUGCAUCACCAACAGCAGCAACAGCAGCAGCAGCAACAGCAACAGCAGCAACAACAGCAGCAGGCUCAGGCGCAAGCGAAACACCAACAGCAACUGACAGCUGCGCUGAUCCAGCAACAAAACCGCGUCCUUGCCCAACAAAGUCUGGAAAAGCUGAGCAAUCUGAGCCCACUGGAGAAGCAACGCGUCUUCGCUCAGCUGGACCCCAAACACUUUGAUCCAAUGGCCGUGGCAGCUGCUGCUGCCAAUCUCCAGAUUCAGGGUCUCAUGCAAUCCCAAGCAGUGGCCGCCGCCGUGGCAGCCAACCAGCAACAACCUUCGUCAUCACUGUCCGCCACAAGUUCAUCUACGGCAAGUGGGUCUGGAGUGGGUGGCGGAUCGCAGGCCCACCAUGGCCAUCAUCCUUUGCCGCCGCCAUCCCAGUCGCCGCACUCGUCGUCCUCGUCUUCCUCGCACUCCUCUCUGGAGCAGAUCACCCACAAGAACGUGGCUGAAUCUUUGCGUUCCAACCUGGACUCAAUUGAGUCGAACAAGGAUCUGCUGGCGUUGCAUAAUGGGGCUUGGGCCACCAGCGAUGCUAAUCGUAUGGACCACAUGGCCGUGGGCCAGGACAAGAUAGUGAGGAUCUUUGCAGAGCUAAUGCGGAACAUGUCGCGGAUGAAAACCUACAUACGUCCCUCGAUGUGCAAGCCCUAUGGCAAGCAGAGCGAGAGUCUGCAAAAGACCCUCAUGGACACCAUACAAAUCGUGCAGACGCUGCGGAACUGCCUACCAGCACCUCAUAUUCCUGUCUCCUCCUGGAAGAGCGAAAGCGAGGGCAACGUGGGCGCUGGAGUCGGUGUGGGCGUUGGCGUGGGUGUUCCCCCAGGACUUAACUUAAGUGCCGCGUUGGGUCUACCUCAGGGUAGAGUGGACAACAUGCAUUAGGCGGUAGCUGGAGGGUUACCUAUUGAUAUCCCUUGAAUAACCUUCUUCCAGAGGAGGGCCAGUUCCAGGGCUCUUAGUAUUUACACUCAUACCAUAUAUACAUAUUUAAAGGAUAAGGACAGUAGUUCACCCUAGUAGACUUGGCUCAAGAUUUCCUUUUAUCAAUUAUGUGCCAUGUUCAACGCAAGACUUGAUUUCAUUUUCACAUUUGACUGACACUUAGGUACAUAUUAAAAAAGGAAUCAGGACGAGGCGGAUCCUGAACCGAUUUCGUUUUCAUCACCCUCUGUUUUCCCCAAGUUUCGGCAAGCAAAAUUAACAAGCAAAAUGAGAAAUUAGUUAAACAAUUGGCAAAACGUCUGUGAUAUUUAAAUUAUGUUGGCAGCAAGGAGCAGAACAAAAUUUUAUUCAUUAUGUUGUGUGACAGUCUUACCAUUUACUUUGUGCAAUAUCUAUGUAAUAACUAUCUAUUCUUAGCCAUUCUCGUGCAAUCGACGACUUUUCGCCCAUAUCACCACAAAGUAACUUGAAUAUAGCUAUGUAAUAUUAUAAUAACCUACUAGUAACCGGCAAUUUAGGCGAUUAACAUGUCUUAUGAUUUGCACUAAAGCAGAUGAGCAGGGGAAAGAGUUGUGUUUAAUUUUAAGGAGCUAAUGAAGGAGAAGCAGGUUGUAUUUCGCAUGCAAAGGCUAUUUAAAUAUAUACUUAUUGUUUAUUUCGCCCGCGCCCACAUUACAAUUACAAGUAAUUCGAAUAAUUCGAUAGCAAACAGUAUUAAACGCAAUAAAGACACUUCAACCAUAAGUAUUUACCCAUCGGAGUCGAGGGAAUUACAGUA